AUGGAUUUUCGAGGCGCAUCAAAACCACCCGCCUCCUUCAGAGAAGGACCUCUAACGUCAACGACAACCGAAGUCGACGCCUCAUCACAGGAACAUGAAAUCAAUCCCAUGCUUCACGGAGGAGCCGCUUCUCCAGUUUUCGCCAAGAAUGAACCAUACCAUAACGUCCCUGAAACCCGACCGAGCGGAUUCGACUUCGUUUGGAAAUGGAAAUGGGAACUCCUCAGUCUGGUCGGGACGAUCAUGGCAUUGGUGGCUAUUGUGAUUGUGUUAAAUCAUUAUAAUGGGAAGCCAAGUCCGAAGUGGCCGUAUGAGAUUACCCUGAAUACGCUUGUUUCCGUCUUUUCGACGCUUUUGAAGGCGUUGAUGAUGAUGGCUGUUGCGGAGUGUAUCAGCCAGUUGAAGUGGAUUUGGUUCAAAGAUCCGAGAUCGCUCACAGAUCUCACUACAUUUGAGAAUGCGAGUCGUGGACCAUGGGGAUCUGCUCAACUGCUUUUCACGCUGAAGUUCCACCAUUUAGCAGUACUUGGUUGCCUUGUCACCAUCGUCACAAUAGCGGUCGAUCCAUUCGUCCAGCAAGCCAUUCGAUUCUACUCCUGCAAAUACAUUGAAACGAGCUCCCUCGCUUCGAUCCCGAUCGCACAAUCCUACAACCCUCAACAAGACCUGCUUUCACCCCUCGAAGUGGCAAUGGUCGGUGCCAUUUACGACGGACUCCUAAAUCCCGCAUUCAAUGGAACUUUUGUAGCUUCAAAACGUCCUACCGGAAACUGUACCUUUCCGAUCAAGUACACAACAUUUGGAAUAUGUAACUCCUGUACCAACUUCGCCUACGAUGUCAAGAACGAGUUCCUAGACGUUGUCUACGAGAAAGACGUAUGGAACUUCAACACUUCAGAAUACGAAACCUUCCCUGCUCCUCGCAUCAUUCUGAACUCGACACUCCCAGGGUCCGACGACGAAAAUGGACUGAAUGUAUGGGAUGAGAUAUCGAUGCUGCAACCACCAUUCAAUAUAAGCAUACAGAUGCCUCCAGCCAUGAUCCUAGGCCAUACAUCCCAUCUUCCGAACUUUACUCAGUUCCCAUCGUCUACACAAUAUCAAGAUAAAGGCUUCUUCCUCGCCGGUUUCACAUCCCUCUCAUACACUCGAAAUCCAAGCUGCACGUCCGACUGGAUGACUGGCGGCGAACGAAAACCCGAAACAGACUGCGUUGUUCCCGCCCACCUCCCAGGUGCGAAGGAGAAAGUAACAACCUGCCAAACCUCACCCAUGGACGAUGACAAAUGCGUUACAUUAGAAGACUUCGACUCUCUCACCGCCUCAGCAUGCGGCCUCUCCUUCUGCGGCCGUACAUACGAGGGAGUAGUCCACGAAGGCACAUUCAACGAAACGCUCAUCAGCGAGAGCAACGCCACCGAGAUCGCAACACCAUUCACUCCUUGGCGUAGCAAUAAGUUACCGUCCAACGAGACGUAUCCGAGUUACAUGCUCUCGCCAUGCUGGUACAACAACACGGAAUAUGAAAACGUCUACGAGUAUCUCGGAUUCAACAUGACUGCCGCGCUCUGGAACAACGUCUUGUUGAGUCCAGACAGCAUUAAUGCAGAGUUGGCGAAAGGAAAGGGCCCCUUGAAUUACGAUUACAUGUCCGCUCACGUGGCAAACGAUCCCCCAAAAAAAGCCGUCUUCGACGCCUGUGUUAUCGACUCGCAUUUCCUCGCCUCCAUCAAUCUCUCCUCCUUCCUUCAGAAACUACUCAACGGCAACGUAACCGGCACAUUCAUGAAACGCGGCGGCACAGACGGGCGUGAGAACCCCGGCAAAGACUGGGCUACAAUGGCAACGCAAUACACAACAGAAUUUCUCAAUCCAAUGUACAGCGACGGCCUCGCUACACACGCUUCCACACAAGCCCUAUUCGAUAAACUCGCUGCAGCGAUGACGAACCAUAUGCGGACAUCAGACCGCAACGCGAGCGUAGUUAUUGGCGAGGUGAAUGGCGUGCAGACCUGCGUGAGGGUUGUGUGGGGGUGGUUGGCGCUGCCUGCUGCGUUGGUGCUGGGGACGGGGGUGUUGCUGCUGGCUACGAUCUGGAAGACGGUGGGGAGGGCGGAGGCGAAUGUGUGGAAGAGUAGUCCGUUGGCGUAUUUGUUUCAUGGGUUGGAGGAUGUGGGAAGGGAGUGGGGGAGAGGGUCGUUGAUAACGGUUGAGGAGAUGGAUGGAGUGGCGAGGGGGAGGGAGGUGCUGUUGAGGGAGACGGGGGUGGGCUGGAGGUUUGUAGAUGCUGGGAGGGGAUGA